AUGCGGGAUUUUUCGUCGGUGCUUGCGGCGUGGGAGGAUGCGCGCCUCGGCGCGCUUCAAGCACUGCUCGCGUCUGAGACACAGCAUGUGUCCGAUGCGCAGAGGGAUGCACUGGCAUCGCGCAAAGCGCUUGCAGAGCGCACGCGUGAAUUUAAACGCGAACCGCCCGAAACACAGCGCGAGUCUAUACGCGGCCUUUUAAAGGCGUAUCAAACCGAGAUUGACGCGCUGACUACGCGCGCGAAGCAUGCAGAAGCAGUGCUCGCUAAUACUUCCGGCCGGAUCGGGCAAAUGCCUGAUCCGUACCCGGUUUUUGAGGCGCUUGUAGAGCGCACAGCGAAUGCACAGGAUUGCGUACAGUUGCGUGCAGCGCUCGAAACAUCAGAUGCGAACUGUGCCACAUUGCAAAAGCGCAUCAUGGAUGCAGAGAUGCGGAUCAGCGAGCUCGCUCAGCGCGACGCAGAAUCAGCUGCAGAGACUGCCCGGAAAGUCGAGGAGGCGCGCGCAGAAGCCGACCAGCGCUGGGAGGAGCACCACGCGAGCUUGCAACGUGAGUUGACUGCCGCUCAGGCACAUGUGCGCGAGUUGCGUACGAACCACGAGCAAUUCACUGCACAGUCGCUCACCUUGGGCGACACACACACUGCACAAGCCGAUACGCUUGUCGCCGAUCUACAACGCGCAAACGAGCGCGUUGCGCAAGCCGAGCGGCGCAAUACAAUGCAGCGAGCCGAGGCAGAGCAGGCACGCAUAGAAGCGAGCACAAUGCACCGCGAGCAGCUGGCUGCGCUGCGGGAGCGUAUUGCAGACGAGGAGCAGGCGCAAACACAGCUGCGUGCAUCGAAUGAGCAUCUCCAAGCAAAAGCGUCCGUCGCAGCGAGUGAUGCUCAGCGAGAAGUGGAGCGACAGUAUGCGCAGGCACUCGAAGACGUCGCCUCGCUGCGCACCCAGCUCGCACAGCGCGCCGACUAUGACGAAAUCAAGCAUGAGCUCGAUGUGUUGCGCGUGGUCGAAUUUGGAGACGCGACAGAUACCACAGCAACCGAAGCUUCGCUCGAAACGCAUCUCGUGCAAAAGAACCGCAAGUUGCAGGACGAACUUGCGACGUUGAGGGCUACGCUUGCCGAACAAGGCCAGCGUGCGACCCAGGCAGACAUGCAAUUUACCGCGCAGCGUACACGCAUCGAGGAGCUCGAAGCUCUUUCUACGCGCCUUGAGACAGACUUGCUGGGCGUCUCGGACAAAAAACCAGAAGCAGAGCCGGCGCAGACCAUCUCAGGAAUUUUGCCGAUCGUAACGAGCCAGCGCGAUCGAUUCCGCACCAGGAACACGGAGCUUGAGUCAGAGCUUCGCGGCCAGCUGCAAACGCUCGCAGAGCUGCGUACCGAGGCCAAACGACUGCAAACGGACAAUCUCGGGCUGUACGAAAAAGUGCGCUAUCUUGAGGGAUUCGGGCGCCGCGCAAACGGCGAUAUGCCAUAUGUGACGGCGCAGCGCGAUGCCGGGCUGGAAGAUUUAUACCGCAACCAGUACGAGCAGUCGAUCCAUCCGUUUGUGGCGUUCCGUGGUCGGGAGCAGUCGCGCGCGAUUGCAAGUCUUGGGCCUGUGGACCGUUUGUUGCACAUUUUUACGAGCGCUGUGCUUGGACACGCGCAGCUACGGCUCGUUUUUGUAGGUUAUGCCGUUCUAUUGCACCUGCUCGUCUUUGGGAUGUUGUGGGAUGCGGGCCAUCGUUCUUCUGUGUAA